AUGGACCGUCAGGCGUCCACAUCUCCGAUCGUCUCAGUACCCUCCUUCGAUGGCCUUUUACCUCCUGUUGAUAUUAUCCCACUUCGUGUUCCUUUGUCUCCCUUUUUCCUCUAUACCCAGCUCCGAGCUGUGAAUUCCCAUUCCCAGUAUCGCCUGGAUGACCACAGAGAUGGCCUCAAUGAUGCUGGCUUUCCUCCAGAGUCCGCAUUCAUCGUAUAUCGUAAAUCCAUAUCGUCUGGGGAACGAAACAAAGAACUUAAAAUAACAUACUUUGCUGAGUAUGAAGCAUUCUUCAAUAUUCUUCAGGGCCAACCGUGGUCUUCACAGCAGCAGCUUUCCGAAAUCCGGUUGGUAGGCUCCGAUGGAUUCGGGGGGCUCCCUGGUGACUGGCCAUUUUUGGCUUGGACAUUGGACGUCUGGGCACUGAGCUUGGGCCUCUCUCCUCCUAGCUUGAGAUAA